AUGCAAGGAAGUGGCACCCAUAGAAGGCAGCGCCGUCUCCUGUUCGGUGGAACACCACAGCCUGCUGACCCUCCCCCCUGCCUCGCUGCCUGCCUCCCUGCCGCGCUCUCAAAGCCCACGCCCACCGCUGCAACGCCAGACGCGUCUACCGCUGAGAGAGGAGAGGGGAGGGAGAAAAGAACAGUGAGAGGAGAGGUGGAGAGAGGGGAGGCGGGGAACACGCACCUGCACGUGCGGCAGUCCCCAGCGCCGUCCCAAGCCACAGCCACCGUCGGCGUGAUGCGCGGGGCGUUGCCGCCAGGAGCGGCAGGGAUGCUGCGGGGGCACGGGUUGAAUUUUGAGUCGACUCAAAAGUCAGCGGCAGGGGUGCGGGGGCACCGGUUGCUGAAGCGACAGGAGCGGUACCAUCUGCUGCACGGGGAGAGGCUGUCCGAGGGUCGGGGGUUUGUGCCACCACUAAGGGGUCGCAGGCUGCUGCAGCCAUGGCUGCCCCCACCUGCCGCCCGCUGCAGCGCCGCCAUCACUGCCCGCCUUGAUCGCCCUGCUGCCCCCUGCCACCUGCACCCCACGCUCUCGCAUGACCAUUUCGCCGCCACUGAGACCGCCACUGCCGCUCCGCGCCUUGACCGCCCGCGUAUUGACUUCCCGCGCGCACAUCCGCAACCUUCCCGCCCGCUUCGCUUCUACCUUCCGCAGCGUGCGCGCCGUUCCCGACAGCCCGUCCGCGUCGACAGCCGCGAGGUCGUCGUGGCGGCGGACAUGACGCGGGAGGCGCGGAAGCCGCUGACGUGGAGAGUUGCUGCGCGGGGAGCGGAUGGGGGGACGACGAAGCGGCGACUGGCGGCGGGUAGAGGAGGCGAGCUCGUUACUACGAAACAACACAUGAUGUGUCGUGACGGGCGGAUUCUAUUCCACGAACCAAUUACGACACGCAUCGUUUCUCCCGCCGUCGGCCCCCGCGGAGCAUCAUGCCGUCUCGCAACGGGCGGCGUCGCACGCCCAUCCGCCGGCGAGACGAUCGCGACUCGUUUAGAGACCUCAUGGUUCAAGUGGGGAAAAAAUUGCCUCGUGUUUCUUCAGAGUGAGCUGGAGUUGUCAUGGGCAGUUGGGGGAUUGCAAUAA